AUGGCUCUGGGAGGACCUGGCAGCGUUGGAUUUAAAGUGGGACAGGACGAAUUCAACUCUCUUGCGCCCUGUCAAAUACUCUACGGCCCCGCUCCGCCCUCAGCGCUGUUUAGGCCCCGCCCCCAGCGCUGCUCAGGCCCCGCCCCUGGUCCCGCCCCUGGCCCCGCCCCGGCCACUCGCGGCUCCGCCCUCCCCGGGCUGGCCAAUCGCGACCUCUUCUUUCCUAGGCUGGCCAAUCGUCGCCCCGCCCUCACCGGGCUGGCCAAUCGCGGCCCCUCCCUCCCGGGACUGGCCAAUCGCAGCCCGGCUCGGUCGCUAUGGCGACGGAGGACGCGGCCCGGCCCGGCCAUGGCUUCCUACCGCCUCGGGGUCCGCAUCGGGAACUGGCUGGAGGAAGAGAUCGCGCAGCAGGACCUGCUGAGGGAUUUUAUCCGUAAGAGAGAGAAAGGACAACUUUUUGUACAGAGAUUAGCCAGACUUAAAGAGAAUAUUUUCAAGAAGGUAGAGCUGUCUGUAUCCACUGAUGGAUUUGUUCACUUUGGAGACACCGUGUUGCUUGUGAACCCAGACUGCACAUCCCCGGAGGAGAGGGACCCCGAGCUGCGUGGCGAUGUCACUCUGGCUGUUGACAUGGAAGAAGUGUCCCUGUACUCAGAUGAGCCCCUGCAGAUCUCACGUGGACUCAGUGCAGUCAAGAGGGUGGACCCCAUAGGUCGAAAUGCUUUCUGUAUUGUAAGUGUUGAUGGAAGUGCAGUGGGUGAACCACUUCGAUACGGGCAGAACUUUCUUCUGGGGACAAAAGGAGGGGUUUCUGACAAACUGUUUUAUCUGGCAAGUGACCACAAAACAUUUAGGGAUUUUGCUAAAAAAUCUCGCCUUCAGAAAGUAUUUCUGACAGGUGAGAUUUCCUAUUUGACUUUCUGGCAAGCAAAGUCCUUGGAUCCACAACUGCGUCUUGAACAUGAAGGAUGUCCAGUUCCUGCAGAAACUAAAAUUAUUAUUACUCAUUGCUACACCAAUCGCAACUUAGCUGUUCCAAGGACCUUCUGUGUGUGGUCUUGUUUUGGAAGAGAAUUUGAAGUAAUUUGUCACAAUUAUCUUGAUGCCCGCAGAGUUGAAGAAGAUAAGAAUUACUGGGAGAUAAUUACAGGAAAUCCUGGUCCUGAAGAUGGUACAAGGCCUGAAAGACCCAAAGCUCUCCCAGAAGGGUAUGAGAAUAAAUUAGCUUCAUGAAAAGACAGAGGAUAUAAAAGCCCAAGACCACAGCCAGGAGAGGUUGAUGAGACUGAUUAUUGUUUCUUUCUGUUUAUAUUUUAGUUUUAGAGAUGUUUAUUUUAAAAAUGGAAAUUAAAGUCUGCCAUUAGUAAUAUUGCAUAA